UGGCGCAUUCAGUGGAGCGCUGCCUGCACGGUGCGUAAAAUGAGCGAAGGCGCGCAGAGCAACUUUUGCUCCCCAGGAAUCCGGUAAGAAGAACCGAGCCUAUUUUUAAGCACCCAAGUCUACAAGCGGGGUUCUGCCCAGAAGAUGGAUGCACUCUAUAACGCCUCAGACUGUAGUGGCGCAAACGGGACGAACGUCUCCGCGAACUGCAGCGACGGCUUCAACAAGUUCAUCCAGCCCGUGUGGCAGAUCACACUGUGGGCCGUGGCUUAUUUCAGCAUCGUUGUGGUGUCUGUCGUCGGCAACGUGGUGGUUAUUUGGAUUAUUCUGGCGCAUAAACGCAUGAGGACCGUCACCAAUUACUUUCUGGUGAACCUAGCCUUCGCUGAGGCCGCCAUGUCAGCCUUCAACACAGUAAUCAACUUUGCCUAUGCUGUUCACAAUGAGUGGUACUUUGGUUUGGUUUACUGCCGCUUCCACAACUUCUUCCCCAUCGCAGCCAUAUUUGCAAGCAUUUACUCCAUGACGGCCAUUGCUCUGGACAGAUACAUGGCUAUCAUCCACCCUCUGAGGCAGAGGUUGUCUUCCACUCAGACCCGGGUGGUGAUUGGUGUGAUCUGGGUUCUGGCUCUGCUCCUGGCCUUUCCUCAGUAUCUUUAUUCGUCAACUGCGGUGCUGCCCGGACGCACAGUCUGCUUCAUAGACUGGCCUGAAUACACUGCUGUCGACUUCAGAAAGAUCUACUAUAUGUGUGUGACCGUGCUGAUCUAUUUCCUGCCCUUGUGCAUCAUGGGAUGGGCGUACAUGACGGUGGGAGUCACCCUCUGGGCUGGUAAGAUUCCAGGAGACUCCUCUGAACACUACGCAGAGCAACUCAUCGCCAAACGCAAGGUGGUUAAGAUGAUGAUCGUAGUGGUGUGCACCUUUGCCAUGUGCUGGCUGCCCUACCAUGUCUACUUCCUGUUGCAUCAGUUCUUCCCUGAACUGUUUGAGGAGCGCUACAUCCAGCAGGUCUACCUGGCCAUCAUGUGGCUGGCGAUGAGCUCCACCAUGUACAACCCGGUCAUCUACUACUGCCUAAACAGCAGGUUCAGAGCUGGCUUCCAGCAGGUGUUUUGUUGCUGUGCUCCGACUGUCACCAAAGAAGAGCUGCUGGAGCUUAAAUCCCGUCGCUACCUGCAAACCCAGUUGUUAUUUCUCUUUAGAAAGUACAGCGGUACGGUCUCAUCGCUCACCCACUCGUGAGCUUUGAUGAUGAUGAGGAGGAAGGCAAAACGAGCUGCCAGAAAAAUAAUCCUGAAUGAGGACUUCACCAAGGCUGGAUUAGGGGGCGAGAAAAACUGCCUUCUGUGCAAAUGCACCAAAAUAUCAGGCCCACACCUGCUCAUCUGCAUAUUCUGUUUCAGCUGCUGGUUUCAUUUUUAAAAUAGCCUUUCUUAUAUUGUGGGAGCUUAAAUGACUUCCUUGUGAUAUGAGUUGAGUUUAUAAAAUCCUUUUUAAAAAUUUCCCUUUAUAUUGAUCUAUUUGUAUAAUAUAACAACGCUCUUUUAUUUACUUUCCAUCCACGAAUAGGUUUCAGAUGUUUGUUUCUGUUCAUUUUAAAUGCUUUUGCUUAUGGCUGUUUCUCAGAAAAUUUUAAUAUUACAUAAGACCACAGAAAUCUGGGGCCACUACCAUGCAGUAUUCAUACUCCUUACAUGGUUCAGACUCCUUUGGCACGAAUUAAAGCAUCCAUGUAGUAAUACCUGAAG